AUGUCACCCACCGUCUCGCACAAGGACAGCAGUCGGCAGCGGCGGCCGGGGACUUUCCACCACUCCCUGGACAUGAAGAGCGGUCACCUGCCGCCAGGCGAGUGGGAUGACAGUCCUCCGGAGCCGGUGGGAGCCGAAGGCGACCGCGAAGCUCUGCUGCGGAACCCCGGCGCUCUGGAGGGGUCCCGAGCACCGCGGAGCUGUCAGGCCGAGCUCGGCAACAUCCUCCUGCUGCUGUUCCUGUACGUGCUGCAGGGCAUCCCCCUCGGGCUGGCGGGAAGCAUUCCGCUCAUUUUGCAGAGCAAAAACGUGAGCUAUACGGACCAGGCUUUCUUCAGUUUCGUCUUUUGGCCCUUCAGUCUCAAGUUGCUCUGGGCGCCCUUGGUGGAUGCCGUCUACUUCAGGAACUUCGGGCGCCGCAAGUCGUGGCUGGUCCCCACGCAGUACAUCCUGGGCUUCUUCAUGAUCUAUCUGUCCACGCAGGUGGACCGCUUGCUCGGGAACAGCGACGGCAGGACUCCCGACGUGGUCGCUCUCACCGUCACCUUCUUCUUGUUCGAAUUCCUGGCGGCCACCCAGGACAUCGCCGUGGAUGGUUGGGCCCUAACGAUGCUGUCCCGUGAGAACGUGGGUUAUGCGUCCACUUGCAAUUCGGUGGGACAGACUGCAGGCUACUUUCUGGGCAAUGUUUUGUUUUUGGCCCUUGAGUCUCCCGACUUUUGUAACAAAUAUUUGCGGUUUCAGCCACAAUCCAAAGGCAUUGUUACCCUUUCAGAUUUCCUCUUUUUCUGGGGCACUGUAUUUUUAGUAACAACAACUUUAGUUGCCUUUCUGAAAAAAGAAAACAAAGAACUAUCACAAGUAAAGGAAGAAACACAAGGGAUUAUGGAAACGUACAAGUUGCUUUUUGCAAUUAUAAAGAUGCCAGCAGUUCUAACAUUUUGUCUUUUGAUUCUCACUGCAAAGAUUGGUUUUUCAGCAGCUGAUGCAGUAACAGGCCUGAAAUUGGUAGAAGAAGGAGUACCCAAAGAACAUUUAGCCUUAUUGGCAGUUCCAAUGGUUCCUUUGCAGAUAAUAUUGCCUCUGAUUAUCAGCAAAUACACAGCAGGUCCCCAGCCACUAAACGUAUUUUACAAAGCCAUGCCCUACAGAUUAUUGCUUGGCUUAGAGUAUGCCCUGCUGGUUUGGUGGACUCCCAAAGUAGAGCAUCAAGGGGGAUUCCCUUUAUAUUACUAUAUUACGGUGCUGUUGAGCUAUGCAUUACAUCAGGUGACGUUGUACAGCAUGUACGUUUCUAUAAUGGCUUUCAAUGCCAAGGUCAGUGAUCCUCUUAUUGGGGGAACAUACAUGACGCUGUUAAACACUGUCUCCAACCUGGGAGGAAACUGGCCUUCGACAGUAGCUCUUCGACUUGUGGAUCCGCUCACAGUGAAAGAGUGUGUAGGAGCCUCGAACCAGAGUUGUAAGACACCCGAUGCGGUUGAGCUUUGCAAAAAACUUGGUGGCUCAUGUAUUACAGCACUGGAUGGCUAUUAUGUGGAAUCUGUUGUUUGUGUUUUAAUUGGAUUUGGUUGGUGGUUCUUUCUUGGUCCAAAAUUUAAAAAGUUACAGGAUGAAGCACCAUCUUCAUGGAAGUGCAAGAGGAACAGUUAAUUGAAGUGUACACUACAGGAAGUUCUAAGAAGGU